GUCUGUCAAGUACCGACCAUUUUAGGUCACUCCUUUCUCGGUGUCUCCGAGACGCAGCGCCGUCUGGUUGCCUCGGGCCGGAGGCGCCUCGGCAUCCCCGUCUGGGUCCUUGAUAGGGGCUGGAAGGAGGAGAGGCUGAGAUAGAAGAGUUUCUGUCUCUGCUUCCUUGGAAACCAUCCUGUUGUUCUGUCUAGCAAGAUGGAACUUCCUCAGGUGGCGUUUGAGGAGGUUGCUGUGUAUUUCACAGAGCAGGAGUGGGCCUUGCUGGAUGUCAGUGAAAGAGCCCUCUACAGGGAUGUCAUGCAGGAGAAUUAUGAACAUGUGAUGUCACUGGGCAUCCUUCUUGCUCUGACAGAAAGCAAGAUCUCGUCUUGUCUUCUUUUGGCACCACCCUGUUCUAGCACCGUGGCUUUUCGCCAGGUCUCCUUUGAGGAGGUGGCCAUGCAUUUCACGGAGCAAGAGUGGGCUUUGCUGAAUGUGAAUGAAAGAGCCCUCUACAGGGAUGUCAUGCAGGAAAACUAUAAACAUAUAGUGUCACUGGGUUUCCCGAUGGCUCAGCCUGGCAUGGCCCCCUGCCCAGAGCAAGGUGACAGGCUUUGGAGGCUGAACUUCCAUGAAUAUUGGAAGAACCAGUCCUUGACAAAAUUCAUUCCAGGUGACUUUUCUCAGCCAGGAGGCCCCAGAACGGCAGCACCGUUCAGGAGAUUGCUGGGUCAUUCGCAAGCGAAGGACUCCCUGAACUCUGACCUUCGUUACAACAGACUCAGGAGAGAAAUCCAAGAGGAGAAGCAGAUUGUGCAGGGCAGCCUUGAUGAAAGUGUUCCCUUAAGAAAAAGCAUCCAGGCUGUGGAAUGUCCUCCAGCUGAUGUAGGAGAAAGAAAGGAUUCUUGUCCCAAAUGUGGGAAAACGUUCUGUCACAAAUCGGCACUCACGGCUCAUCUGAGAAUCCACACCGGAGAAAAGCCGUACCGUUGCCAGGAGUGUGGGAAAAGCUUUAAUCAGAGCUCGGCCCUCACUCAGCACCAGAGGAUCCACACCGGAGAGAAACCCUACGCCUGCCUCAGUUGUGGUAAAAGAUUCAGUCAGAGUUCUGCUCUUACCCAGCACCAGAGGAUCCAUACAGGGGAGAGGGCGUACACCUGCCUCGACUGCGGGAAGAGCUUCAUUUACCAGUCGGCUCUGAUUCGGCAUCGGCGAAUCCACACGGGAGAGAAAUGUUACACGUGUCCCGAUUGUGGGAAAGGUUUCAACCAAAGCUCCAACCUUAUUACUCACCGGAAGAUUCACAAGGGUAAUGGGACAGCCUAUGGGAGUGAAAAAAAGAAUCCUCAGCUGGAAAAUCAUGUGCAAUUAGAAGCACGUAGCAAUGCCGGUAGGACAUUCCAGCAAGCUGGUCCUCAGAGUUCUCAUCUGGAAAAAUGCCUUUUGGACUGGAGAGGUUCCAAGAGAAGCCCUUCAGAUCAGGCCCAGGCUCCACCUGUAUCUAGUGCGGGAAGUUUGAUAUCUCAGAAGGACACGGUAAGAAAAGUAGGCAUUCCCAGGGUUAAAAGGCCACUUGUCUGUCAUGUCUGUGGAAAGAACUUCAGAUACAGCUCCCACCUGGUUAACCACCAGCGGAUCCACACAGGAGAGAAACCCUAUCACUGCACAGACUGUGGGAAAAAUUUCAUUCAAAACUCGGCCCUCAAGAGGCACCAGAGGAGUCACCGAGGUGACAGGCCCUAUCGGUGUUCAGACUGCGGGAAAAGCUUUAGUCGGAAUGCGCAUUUGGCAAAACACCAAGGGAUUCACACUGGCUUAAAACCUUAUGAGUGCCUGGACUGUGGGAAGAAGUUCAGUGUGAAGAUGAACCUUGUGAUUCACCAGCGAACUCACACGGGGGAGAAGCCGUACAUGUGCUUGGAAUGUGGGAAGAGUUUUAGCCAAAGGGCUCAUUUCAUUAUCCACCGGAGAAUUCACACGGGAGAGAAGCCUUACGAAUGUCCAGACUGUGGGAGAGCCUUCCGGGUGAGCUCACACUUGGUUACGCAUCAGAGGAUCCAUAUGGCAAAGACCUCUUUCAUAUGUCCUGAUUGUGGGAAAAGUUUUAAUGGUAGCAAACAGUUCGUUCAACAUAAGCGAUGUCACGCCAGUGGAGAAAACUGUCCCCUGCCAAAUUCAGGAGUAACCAUUAAGAGUGAACCCUGAAUCUCCUUACUAGUGAAUUCCUGGUUCAGUCAGACCUGAAGCCGAAGGGGGCAUUUCUGUGUGAGGGAAGCAAAGAGGAAACGUCUCUCGGCUGCCUCUUCUAAUGGCCAAUUGUGAGCCUUUUUCUGCAGUUAGAGCUGGAAUCGAGACAGCUUGGAGAGGAGAUUUUCUCAAUUUUCAAACUGUUGUGGCAGAGUUGAGAGCCAAGGGCAGACAAUACAAUACUGGUUUUGGCAUGGAAAGACCUGACAUCAGCCAUAGGAUUUCAUUAUACAAUCUAAUCUUACUCAGUGAAUUGAGAAUAGGUGAAAUGGAGAAAACAGCUUGUAUCUACUGCCCUUGAAUUCUUUAGACCAAGGAUGGAGUACCACAAAUAGGAUGCUGUCCUGUUCCCCAAAGGGAAUCAUCAGGCAUCUCCAUCACUUCAGAACAGCAUCUGCGGUAGCAAGGGAAGGACAGGUGGGACGAGGAACAGCUUCUAAUGGUUGUCCUGACUGCAGGCACUGGAGGAAAGAAGGCAGUUCUCAUGGAAUCCACAGAGUGGGCCUUGGCAUUGAGUUGAAGGAGGGUGGCGGUGAAUUUGUGAAAUAGCACCGAGGCUGGCCCAAGAUGUUUUGUUGCUUGAAGUGAAGAACAAGAUAAUCUGGCCUCCAUUCCAUUUACACCACCCCAACUAGCUUGACAGCUGGAUUUGAUCUCAACUUGGCAACCGGACAUCAUUUUGUGCUAGGCCAGAGAGUGGCAGACCAGCUUAGGGGGCAGAGGAGGAUGUGGGGAAGUGGGCUGCUUGCUGUCCGAAUCGUUAGAUCUGCCUCCUGAGACAGCCCUCCCCCCCAGCUUUGGAGGUGCACAGCCAGAGGCUCCAGGGCUGCAUCUGGCCCCCCAAAACCCAGCAUAUGCCCUCAACCUUCACAAGCUGCAACUUUUCGUGUAAUGGAAAGGGGAAAUAAUUAUAUGUACCUAAUUUAAUGUAAUUUUAAUUACAUAUAAGCUGCAUUCAAUCAUGUUUUAACUAGCAUCCUUGCCCGACUGUUGUCUUUUGGGUGUGGACUCCAAUCUGCAACCCAGCACGGCCACUGGCCAGAGAAAGGUUGCACCUCUCUGCUGCACCUAAUAGUAGUGCUGAUUCCGCUUUGAAGUAAUUAAGACAUUAAAUCAAAUUCUUUCUCGUGAAUUGGAUUCAGAAGUGCUGUUACUGGGGGGAGAAAAGGCAAAAAGAA